GCUCUCUCCCCCUCGACAUUUCAUCACCCCCGGCGUCUAUUGCCACGGCGUUAGGACUCUUUACGCUCCUGAUCAUGCUGUGAAGUUCAUUCCGUCUCAACCUGAGAUACCGUCCAUUGCCCAGCUUCCUUCAUCAUGGCUGUUGCGAGGCCGAGGCCGUAUAGGCGCAUAUUGACAUCUGCAUUGCACCGGAGAUUCGUUCAUGCCUCUGCGCUUGCCUUUCUUGCCUGUUACGUUGCAGCCUUUAUUAUUGGCGACAAAAGUUCUUAUUUCUGGUCAUGGUUUCCGCUCGGAGUAUGCGGUAUACGUACAGUCCUCCUAUUCAUUACCAGUUUGGCCAUUUUUGUCUUGCGCGUCGGUCAAUUGCAUGUCGGCUCGAGAACCACAACCCCUCCCAUUAGUGCCUUCAGACAUCUCUUUCCUCUACAGAUUAUCCAAACACUUGGAUGGUAUUUAUUCUCCGCUUGGUGGUUUAAUGAGGUAUAUGUCUGGUCUGCUCCAUAUGAUGGCUAUGAAUGGAUAAAAUCUGCGCGGCCUUAUGAACGGGCCACCUUGAACGAGCGUCCGAUUUACAUCCAUACAUAUCACAUAACACUAGCGGUCGUACAAUCUGUGAUCCAUCUCUAUUACGAUUACGACCGCAUUCCCAUACCUGUCGCAAAACGGGAUCCUGAAGGGAAGGAUCAGAGAACUCACCCACUGGAGCCAGUCAUACAGAGUUUACGGAACACCAUGCCUGAAAUGCUUACAGUGUUUAAAAGAACAUCGAUGAUCACAAUGAGUUUUCCCGUCGUUUACACCCUCUUCCUUAGGCGCCCAGCAUGGAGCUUUACUCUGUACUUUGCGAAACUGUUUUGGAACUUCGCUAGAUCCGCCGCAAAGCCUCCAGGGUUUUUCCCGGGUGUUGGUGUUGGUGCAUUUCUACAAUCCUUUGUUUCAGGUACCUUACUGGUUUUCUGUUGGGAAAUUACCAAUGCUCUCUUCACCAUUUUCCUCGGCCAGGAACCCCUCAAGCGAGGACAGCCGCUUACGGCGGAGGCAAAGGAUCCAAAUGGUAGUUUAUUGAACGGGUUGAAGGCGAAGAAGGAGGUUGUGAAUUCCUUUGCCUUCUGGGAGCUGUGCUUUAUUAGCCAGCGGUUUCCUGACCGCCGGAAAGCCAUUUUCAAUGACAUCGACCGCGAAGGGGGUGCUGCCUGGUCUCAGAUUCGGGAUGCCUCCGUUGAACUUAUCCAAGGAAUUUCUACCAGAAUCAGCGAAAGCAAACAGGACAAGUCCAAACCAUCAUCGCAAACGAUCCGAAAACCUCAACCAGAGAUUCACACUCUGCCUCGGUUAGCAGACCCGCCGAAAAAAGAUAAUAUCUUCGCUGCUUCUCCAAAGGCAACUUCGCGCCCUGCUCAGUUCGCGGAGACCAUCGGUACCACUGCUAAGUCAUACGGUCAAUCUUCCGACUGGACCCCGGUUGCGCGUGCCAGAGUCCGCGAUGCCUUCGGCCGGGCUUCGUCCGCCGUGCUGAGCCCUGAAAGAAAACAGAAGCUCCUUGCUUCUUCACGAGAAUUUCGGUUGCUAACCGGCCCUACUCCCAAAACUGGCCCAGAAACUAUUCACCCGUUUAUCGUACAAUUCCUGCGUUCUCCGGUAGGCCAGCCACUGCGUCAGACGUAUGCUCAGAGACUGCGUAGCAUUGUCCUGGGUAGGCCGCAUGCUUCACUAUGCCCCCUCGUUGAUGCGAUUGAAUCCCUAACCCGCCUGCUUGUUGCGAGCGUAACCGAAGACAUGUUUGGCAAAGUCUGCGCCGAUGUUCCCACCGUUGUAUGCCUUUUUACAAAGACAAUCACAGAUCUGGAGCCAUUCAUAAACGGGGGUCUUGGUAUACAUUGGACUGAUGUCACAUUCCCACCUUCCAGUGACCCUCAAGCGCAAGCUGCGGCACGUCGAGUGCCUGAAGUGGAUCUCGUGCUGGCUGUACUGAAAAGCUCUCUUGCAGACCUUGUAGCUGCAUUCAGCAAGCAUGCUCGCGAUUUCGGGCUUGGAGAGAAAGAUUUACGAUUGGCAAGGAAGGCAGCUGGCAUAGAGGAGAGAAAGGAAUCAUGAUUGAUGAUGAUGUGCCAAUAUUGCUUGGAUCUUAUUCGAUUCAUGUGUAUUUAGUGCCCGAAUGGCGCAUAAGUGUCUCGCGCGACGGUCAAGUUGGCCGAAUGCAUUACUCGGGCGUUAGGGUCUUUCAGGCAUUUGAUUUCAAUUUGGAUAGAACAGGCAUCACCGAACUCUGUAGCUGGUGCAUUUCAUCUUGUAGUGUGGGCAUCAUAGAUCUAACCUGUCUUGCCGUCUUGUCUAUCUGUUC